ACGGUGUCUCCUUCACUUCGCCCUCCAGCCGCUGCAGCUGCAACCAGAGUUUGUGUUGGUCGAAAGGCCUUAUCUGGGAGCGGAGCGGCACGGCGGCCCCCUUCAGGAGACCAUCAGAUCACCCCCUCCCGCUGCCUCGCCAUGGCGACCUACGGGCAGAGCUGCGCGCGGCCAAUGUGCAUUCCUCCAUCAUAUGCUGACCUUGGCAAAGCUGCAAGAGAUAUCUUCAACAAAGGAUUUGGUUUUGGGUUGGUGAAACUGGAUGUGAAAACAAAGUCAUGUAGUGGAGUGGAAUUUUCCACAUCUGGUUCAUCUAAUACAGACACUGGUAAAGUUACUGGGACCUUGGAGACCAAAUAUAAGUGGUGUGAGUAUGGUCUGACUUUUACAGAGAAAUGGAACACUGAUAACACUCUGGGAACAGAAAUAGCAAUCGAAGACCAGAUUUGUCAAGGUUUAAAAUUGACAUUUGAUACUACCUUCUCACCAAACACGGGAAAGAAAAGUGGUAAAAUCAAGUCUUCUUACAAGAGGGAGUGCAUAAACCUUGGUUGUGAUGUUGACUUUGAUUUUGCUGGACCUGCAAUCCAUGGUUCAGCUGUCUUUGGGUAUGAGGGCUGGCUUGCUGGUUACCAGAUGACCUUUGACAGUGCCAAAUCAAAACUGACACGGAAUAACUUUGCAGUGGGCUACAGGACUGGGGACUUCCAGUUACACACUAAUGUCAAUGAUGGAACAGAAUUUGGAGGAUCAAUUUAUCAGAAAGUAUGUGAAGAUCUUGACACUUCAGUAAACCUUGCUUGGACAUCAGGUACCAACUGUACUCAUUUUGGAAUUGCUGCUAAAUACCAGUUGGAUCCCACCGCUUCCAUUUCUGCAAAAGUUAACAACUCUAGUUUAAUUGGAGUGGGCUACACUCAGACUCUGAGGCCUGGUGUGAAGCUGACACUGUCUGCUCUGGUAGACGGGAAGAGCAUUAAUGCUGGAGGCCACAAACUUGGGCUUGCCCUGGAGCUGGAGGCUUAAUCCAGCUGAAGAAACCUCUGGGAAGGUAUAGCAGAUUUGGCCUUAAUAUAUUUCCAUUGUGACCAGCAGGCUUCCUCCCCCAUCCCACCCCCAGGAAGGUGAUCAACACAACGGAUGAUCUAAGCAGGAGCUGUGUUUUCAAUCCUGAGACAGUUACUUGUUCACUGGGUUCUGGUUCCAUUGGUUCUGUCUAGUUCCCAGGGCUGCAGUCGUGCAGUCUCACCUACACAUUAUUUAAAUGUAUUUACUGUUAAUGCGCCUACACCAAUAAUGAAAUAGACCUUUACCAAA